UUAGGAUUCUGGAAUUAUUUCAUGAAAUAUAACAACACUUACUAAUUCUAGCUACGCUUGUAAGUUGUAAUUGGAAAUUUGAUGACCUAAUAUAUAUAUAUUAUUCUAUUUUAAUUAACACGUACGUGUAUGUGAGUAGAGGAAAAAGUAAAACUAAAAAAGAUUAUCAGAGAGAAAAUAACAAGUGGGUUUCACGCAGAGCAAACGAGGGUGUGAAGUAGAGUAACAUUACCCAGCCCUAAAACCCUAUUGUCACCUCCCUCUCACUCUCAUUGUCACUGCCAAAAUCAAACCCCCAAAUCGCAAAAUUAUAUUCUAGCCCACCGGCCAACGGCAUGGCCGCCGCGUCGAGAGGUCUCGUUCGUCGUCUCAACCAGUUUCUCUUGAGGUCUCUCUCUCCUUCUCCUUCUCCUUCUCCGGCAGCUCUAUACAACACCUCCCAGUUGAGAAUGUUCUGUGCGGAAGACGAUUCCCGAGUUAUUGAAGCCAAGCCUGGUGUUAUGACCCGCGAUUCCAAGCGUAGCGGUGCUAUCGCCGUUAAGUGUGGAAUGACGGCGUUGUGGGAUAAGUGGGGCGCCAGAAUACCCAUCACCAUUCUUUGGUUGGAUGAUAACAUCGUCUCCCAAGUCAAGAUCCCUGAAAAGGAAGGCUUCUGUGCGCUUCAGGUUGGGUGUGGACAAAAAAAGGAGAAGCAUUUGAGGAAGCCUGAAGUGGGACAUUUUAGAGCUCAAGGUGUCCCCAUGAAAAGGAAGCUGAGGGAGUUCCCAGUCACUGAGGAUGCUCUUCUCCCAGUUGGAACUUCCAUUGACGUCCGCCAUUUUGUUCCAGGCCAGUAUGUCGAUGUCACUGGAAUUACAAAAGGGAAGGGCUUUCAGGGUGGCAUGAAAAGAUGGAAUUUCGACGGUGGGCCUGCAUCACAUGGUGCAUCAAAAUCGCACCGAAGUAUCGGUUCUACUGGUCAAAGGGACGCUCCAGGAAAGGUUUUUAAAGGAAAGAAGAUGGCUGGACACAUGGGUGUUGAGCAAAGAACAGUAAAAAAUGUUUGGGUUUACAAAAUUGACCCUGCAAGGAACUUGCUGUGGGUAAAAGGCCAAGUUCCAGGUGCAACGGGAAAUUUUGUUUUUAUAAGAGAUGCAGUGUACAAGAAGCCGGACGUUUCAUUGCUUCCAUUUCCUACUUAUUUUGCACCAGAAGACGAGGACCCUGAAAAAUUGGAAUCUUUGGUAGCUGAUAUUGGUGAUACAGACCCCUUCAUGGCAGCAGAUUGAAUGAACUCAAAAGGCCACACUGCUAUGUCUAAUGUUUUGGUUUUGUUUUAUUUUUAGGAGAAGUGGUGUAAUUGGUUUAAAUGGUUUUUUUAUGCCUUUGAGAUUUAGAUUGAACUAGAGCAUAGUUCAACAAGCCCUUGGGAUGGUUCGUUUUGAACUCGUUGGAUUUGGCAUGCUACAAGAAUAGGAGGUACUAAGGGAUGUAGUUCGAUUAUAUUGUGAAGAAUCCAUGCCUGGGUUUUCAUAA